UGUUUAUUCUUUGGCUUCUCACGUUUUAUAUCCCAGUCUACAGGUAUUUCAACAUUCUACAAUAGAUGGCUAUGUGCAGCCUACAUAGCUGCAAAGUUUUAAUCAUAUCGAUAUCAUCCUCCAUGGACUAUUCUAUAGCACUCUAGAUGCCAAGGCAAGCUUCUAUCAGAACUCUGAAAGCAAGGCGAAGGAUAGAAUGAAAGAGGUCCCUGUUAUUCCUAGUGAAGCUAUAGAGUUUCUCGAUAAUGCGCAGGACCUAUGCUUUGCUACCACGUGGGUUUCAGCAGAAACCAUGAAACAGCUUGUAAAACGUCUAUCAAGUUAUUCUGCUGGAGGAUUUGGAGAAACCCUCGGCCGAAAGAUCAGUUUCAAAUUCAUAGUCUUGCUAUGCAUACAUGGUGGGAGAAGAUACGCACAUUUAUUUGGUAGAAGCCGUGUUGUUGCCUUUGAAUCCAGCAAGAUAAGGAACAGAUGCAGGCCCCUGCCUAGGGUAUUGUCUCGGAGCAAGGUGAAGCAUUCAAGACCUCUAGUACCGAGCGACAUACGUCAGCCUGACCAGCCUACGCAAAUAUACCCACAUUAUGCAUUUUUUAUGUCGAGUCUCUCUUUCGGCAUUGUUGAUGUAGCUGAAGCUAUACAACUAUGUAAGUAGUGAGUGUAUUUUAUCGACGAUCACCAUGUCCCUAUCACCACGUGACCGCAUUUGUUGAUGGCCCGUGCAAAUGAAGUCGUCUUAAAGACUGGAAUACCCA